GAGACAAAUUAGGGUAUUCCCAGGAUUGUAGUGGGGAUCUUUUAUACUGUACUCAAGAUCUAGCCCUUGAGCAAGGUUCUCUUGUACACUUAUUAGACCUCUACGUACAUGUAGAACAAAGAUGGCUACAAACUCACUGCCAGUUCCAAAGCCAAGAAAGAAGAUGUCUUCCACCCCUAGCCCCGACCCUGAGAGGAAAUCUUCUGCUGAUUCUGAUGGGUAUGGUGCCAGGAGCUACCAGUUAGAGCUGCUAGAUGCUGCCAUUGAAGAGAACACAAUAGUCAACCUUGGGACGGGAGCUGGCAAGACAUUCAUAGCUGUAAUGCUCAUCAAGGAGCUCUGUUCAACCAUCUUACUUCCCUUCAGCGAUGAAGACGCCAAGAGGACAGUGUUUUUAGUGACAACAGUGCCUCUUGUGAACCAACAAGCAAGUUACAUCCAAACACACACCAGCUUCAACGUUGGACGCUACGUGGGUGAAAUGGGCGUCGACUCUUGGACCCGCUCCAGAUGGCGAACAGAAUUUGAAAGCUAUCAAGUUCUAGUCAUGACGAUGACCAUCUUUAAGAACCUCAUCCAAAGCAGCGUUCUACCCCUAAAAAAAGUCAAUCUUUUAAUUUUCGACGAGUGUCACCAUGCAGUCAAGAAUCAUGACUAUGUCCAGAUUAUGAAGCUGUUUAAACCUCACCUAGAGGCGGGGGACGAAGUACCACAGGUGCUCGGACUAACCGCCUCUCUUAUCCCUAGCAAGUGUCGCCCUGGUGACAUAAAGAGCAAGAUUCUCCAACUUGAGAAGAUACUUUGUUGUCGAUCGCAAACGGCAAAUGAUUUAAUGGAUGUGGCUAGACAUGCCACAGAUCCGGAGGAGGAGGUGGUUCUGUACGACCCGAGUGACAGUGACAGAGAUAUUGCCGAGCUCAAAAAAAUUUUGGGAGAUUGUGUGGCGUUUUUGGACUGCUUCAAACGAAAGGAAAAGGAGACUGACAUCUACUCCCUUGUGAAGUUGUAUCUCGAUGAUUUGCUGCAUCUGUUGGACAACCUCGGCGUUUGGUGUGCCGACCAUUUUGCGAAGGAGGGCUUGCGAGCAAUCGAAGAAGAAAUCAGCGAAUGUAAUGGCCACUUUGCCAACAAGUGGGAAGAAUGUCUUCUCUAUCUUGGGAGAACUCGACUCAAAAUAUUUAUCAAAGAGAGUGAAAAGAAACUGAAGCAAGCCCAGCGGUUCGAGAAGUACCCGACCACGAGUAAGAUCAAGAAGCUUGCUCUUUUUCUUGGUGAUUCGGCUGUUGUAAGUGGAGAUUUCGAUGCCAGCAAUUCGAGUUCAACUUCUUCAAUUGAUGUGGGAAAACUCCUUGGAAUUGUGUUUGUUGAACGGCGUACGACUGCGGCUAUGCUCACAAAACUUAUCAACCAUCUGAAAGAAACUCAGUCAGAUUUGAAGCACAUUCAUUGCGAUUAUGUGGUGGGGCAUAACGCCGGUAAGAAAGGGACCUAUCUACGCAAAGAAGCAACAAUGAGUGUCAAAAAACAAGAAGCUGUUCUCAAUCGAUUCCGGAAAGAGCAAAUCAAUUUGCUUGUAUCUACUAGUGUGGUGGAGGAAGGUGUUGAUGUUCCUCGAUGCAAUACUGUAGUUCGAUUCGAUUUCCCUCAAAACUUCAGAGCUUACAUUCAGUCCAAAGGUCGAGCACGAGCCAAAGUGUCAAAAUAUUUAUUGCUCAUUAACCAUGAAGACAGAGGGAAGCAGUACGCUGAUCUGAGAGAUUAUCGAGCGUUGGAGAGAGAACUCAAAUCUAUUUGCCAUGAUCGACACGUUCCAGAUGAAGACGGCAUCCUUAAGAGAAUGUUGCAGGUGGUUGAUCCGUAUAUGCCUUUUGGAAAGGAUGGACCUGUGGCUACCAUUGCUUCAAGUCUCUCUCUAGUACACAAGUAUUGUCAGAAGCUGCCUAAGGAUCGCUACACAGUCCUCACACCAUUCUUCAGGACCAGACGUAUCAACCCAGGAGCUAAGGAGGAGGAGCCUUUGUUCCACUGUGAGAUCACCUUACCCAUGAGCUGUCCCCUCCGUGACCCCAUUGAGGGUUACCCCAUGCCUACCAGACGUAUAGCGGAGAAGUCAGCAGCCCUGGAGGUAGUGAAAAGGCUCCAUCAGGCGGGGGAGUUGGACGAUCUCCUCCGAUCGAUUGCUAGGGAGAUAGACUCUGACCUUGAGGACGAGGAGAAGGUAGCGGCCAAGAGUGUGACUCAUGCAGGGACUGAGAGAAGGAACGACUACUAUCCCAAUAGAGUGGCCACCUCCUUGUCCGGCUGUUUCCCCCAGACCUCACCAGCUGGCAACCAUCUCUACAUCUUCCUCGUUAACCAGCUGGUUGACGUUAUCACUACCCCCUAUCAGUAUCUCGGACCACCUGCCAACACGUUCGGCAUCCUGUCAAGAAAACCACUACCCCACUUGAUGGUUCCCAAAUUUUCACUGUAUGAAGAAGACAAACAGCUCAACAUUGAAGUGCACAAGUACCACAGUACAAUCGAUCUCUCUCCUGAAGAACUGGCAAAACUCAAACUAUGCCACGAAGUUCUCUUCACAGAGCUGCUCAAAAUAACCCAUUCUUGUUUUCACCUGACCUUCAAUGAGUCCGAAAAAGACUACCUUGUUGUCCCUUUGAGCGUUUUGCUCGAUGAAAACCCAUUGGAAGCAUUCUUAAACAUGGAAGUAGCUGACAGCAUCAUUGAGCUCAAAACUCCCUCUGGUACUUCCUUUGCUGUGACUGAUCCUAAGAAAGCUUGGCCGCUACCCCCAGAGAGUUUCCACAAUGCACUAGUGAUGGAUGUCCACAGACCACUCGAAAUACGCAAGCUGUACGAGGUUGUAAAGGUUGACAAGGCAACAACUCUUCAGUCACCAUUUCCAUAUUCUUCAGCUGCGGCUACAUACCUCGAGUAUUUUCAGAAGAAGUAUAAUUGCCAAUUCACAGAUCUCAAUCAACCGGCCCUUGACUGUAAACCACUUGGAUUGCGCGAGAAUCGCUUAAAACUGCUUAAGUCUCGAUACAAAUCGAGAGGGGAGGAUGUGACAAUUAGACGACAGUCUAGUGAAGUAAAGCUGUUUCCCGAACUCUGCACUUUGUACCCUGUACCCACAACCAUAUGGAAGAUUGCUCGUUGUCUACCGUCAAUUUUAUGGCGGCUCGAAUGUACUCUUUCCAUUGACAAUUUCCGCUCACAAGUCGCGCUCGAAACUGGAAUCGGGCGUCAAGGGGACAGUGUUGAAAUAUCUACCGAGACCUAUCUCCAUGGAUACGAGGACCAUGGAUUUGGAGAGCUGCUGACGCAAAAGUUCACAACUGACGGAGAACAAGUCACACGGCAGCCGAUAAGCACACCUGAUAUCUCAGUACUCACUCAGAGAGGACCAGACAAUGCUCUUCUGCUCCAAGCAUUCACACCCAAAGGAGCCAACGAUUCAAUCGAUCUCGAACGUCUUGAGACUUUAGGCGAUUCGUUUUUGAAACUAGCCACUACUGUGUUUCUGUUCCAUGACCGCACAGGUGCACACGAAGGAAACCUAUCUUCUGCUCGAUCUCGGAGGGUGGAAAAUCUCAACCUCUAUCUUCUAGCGAAAAAGGACACCAAGAAAAUCACUGAGCACAUCCUGUCCACUAGUUUUGAGCCGAGGCAGAUGUGGAUACCGCCUUGUUUCUCGUUUGUCAACGUCGAAGAGAUGCCAGGGCCUUCUAUAGACGGAGAAGUUGUGGAGAGUCAGGAGAAUUUGCGUACCAGGCACUACUUGCAUCACAAAGUGACAGACAAAGGUGUUGCAGACUGCGUGGAGUCUCUAAUUGGAGCUUAUCUUGUAUCCGGAGGAAUCGAUGCUGCCCUCAAAUUCAUGAAAUGGGUUGGUAUAAAGAUACAGCCUGUGAAUGCUGGCACAUUAGUAUCUGGUUGGCAGUCGCAAAGCAGCAGUAGCAGAGACAGUGGGGAAAUUUCAAGCGCAUCAAGCUCCAACGAUUCUUUGACCCCUCCUGCCCCGAAAAAGCAACAAGAAUGGUGGGAAGCCUCGCCAAUAUCACAUCAGCGAGUACUUCAGCCACGUCAGCCGGAAAAACUUCCUCUCUAUGUACGAUGUUCAUCUUCGAUAUUUCGAAAGCAUUUCCCCCAUCCCCCGAGAGCUACCUUCACAGAUCAUCAGAAAUGUGACAUUGAGAAACAUCUUGAGAAGAGUUACAGAGGAAACAAAAAAUUGAAAGAUUUAUUUGACAGCUGUAUCAAGGACAAGCCACUACUAUUGCAAGCGUUGACGCAUGCCUCGUACAUUAAGAAUCGUGUGACUGGUUGCUACCAGCGACUGGAAUUUCUCGGUGAUGCAGUACUUGACUAUCUUAUUACGUGUCAUAUCUACUCAUCGUUUUCCGAGUACACACCUGGGGAGAUCAGUGCGAUGCGUACGGCACUCGUGAAUAACAACACAUUUGCCGAGUUGUCGGUGGAGUUAGAACUACACAGGGCCGUGUUGCACCUGUCUCCGUCUCUCUUCAGUCAGAUCAACACUUUUGUGGGCAUGCUCAGUGAGGUCGACAUGGCGGAAGGGGAACGGGUGGUCCUAACAAGUGGUCAUCUGCAAGAAGCUAGCAGCCAGCCUGAGUGUGCAUCCAGUGCACAAAUGGAGACAGUGGAACAAACAGACACUCAAGAAGAGGAUGCGGAGGAGCUGGACCCUCCUAAAGUGCUGGGGGACGUUCUGGAGAGUGUGGCAGGUGCCAUCUACCUGGACAGUGGCUGUUGCCUGGAAACCGUGUGGAGAGUCUUCAAACCUUAUUUUGAGAAAAGAAUUCGUUCCUUUAAUGGAAAGGUACCGGUAAUGCCUGUACAAGAACUGCUAGAGCGUGAACCAACUGCCCGGACUGAAAAGACACGAGUAGGGAGAGGUGUUGUGAGAUGCACUGUCAGCUUUGUGGACAAAAGUGGAGUAUCAAGGACCAUCAGUGCCAAAGGCAAGACUUUCAAAGGAGCCAGAACAGCAGCUGCCAAGGCAGCACUCAAAGAAAUGGACAAAUAACAUUCAGUCACAGUUAGUAAAUUUUUAACAUUAUAUAAAUUAUGCAUAUAAUUAGGCAAUAUUUUUAUUUCGAAUAGAUUUGUCCCAUCGAUUCCAUUUUAUGAUAAGUUCGUACAUUUGG